UGUGUGUGCGUUAAGUAUUAUUUAAUCUCACGUUUUCCUGGAAAGGUCCGUGGUGACGCAUUCAGAGCGUAUUAUAAAGAGGCAGGAGAUCCUCCGCAUUGACAAGAGCUUUGGGGAGAGACACGCGCACACUGCACGCAACUAUGGAAACCGUAGAGAUUAUCCUCACAAUGUUGGUGAUAUACAGCAGCACAGUGUCAUUUGUGCUCUCUCAAAACGAGACCACGUAUUUGCGAGAGAUUUCCCCUGGAAAGACAGUUUUGUGUAAACGCUGCCCUCCAGGAUACCGUCUACAGGAGCACUGCACGGAGAAGACGCAAACCGUGUGCAAGCCGUGUACUGUAGGAUAUUACACAGAGGUCUGGAACUACAUCUAUGAGUGUCUACCUUGCUCAUGGUGCCGGUCAAGUCAGUUCGAGGUACAGAAGUGCACGAGUACGACUAACCGCAAGUGUGGGUGCAAGGAAGGCUUUUAUCUCUACACCUCGGACAUCUGCCGGCAACAUACUGUGUGUCCAAAAGGACGCGCUGUCAUACAAAAAGGCACUCCAUUCAAAGAUACAGUGUGUGAGCUUUGCAAUUCAGAUGAGAGGCUUCUGCAUCGUGGCAUUAAUCAAAACGUGUGUGUUAGCUGCAGCAGUAUCGCAAACGAAGGUUGGGUUAAAUUCAUCAUCCAGCCCUUUAUAGAAAUCUUCAAGAAUCACAGUACACGAAAGUUACAGCGCUUCAUUGGAAACUUAACAAAUUCAUUGGACGAAUGUUCAUCCAAUAAGGAUUCCUGUUUCCAGAAGCUGGAGCAGUGGUUUAGUAAAUCUACAGAGGAGGAGGUCAUCAACCUUCCCAAACUGAUGCAGCAGUUCAAUAUAACAGUCUUAACCUGUCCACUAAAAUCGAGAAGAGACUUAAGACGAUCCUAGAUGAAGUCAAUAUGUGCAGAAACAAGUUCCUCUGUUCUGUUUUUUUUAAGUUCACAUUUUAUUUCAUUGCUCUUAUAUUUAUGAUUAAAUUUGUCAAAACUUGAAGUGAAACCCACUGCAAGAUUAAUGCAUGAGAUGUUAACAGUCUUAUAAAAGAAAAAUCAGAAAUAGAAAAAUUACUCUGAAAAUGUUUUUUAAUGUGCUUUUUAUUCUGUGUUUUAGGACUUUGUUUAAUAUUUAUGUCUUUUUUUUUUGGUUUGGUUGUAAAAUGUCUGUACAUUAAAAACAUUUUUAGGUGCCCUUAAGGUAGUGCCUCACUUUUUUCAUUAUGUUGUACAUAUAAAGCAAGUAAGUAGCUAAUAUGAUUAGUGCUUUGUACUGUAUCACUAAUAUAUUAUUUUUUUCAACAAUACCAUGAAUAAUACAUUGCCAGACUGCCUCAUGCAACAUUAUUACCUCGUCGUGUUUUUUUUUUCUUUUU